ACAUAGUACUUUUUGAAAGUGGUUGUAUCACUCUGGACCAUACUCACAUAAAAAUGAAACUGUCAUCUGCCUUCAUUAUCGGAUUUCUUCCUCUGGCUCUAGCCAAGUCGAUUCUGGUCACUUACCCUCAGGACACCCCGGACUCGGUCAUCAAGGACGCGCAAAAUUCGAUCGUGCAAGGCGGUGGUAGAAUCACUCAUGAGUACCAAUUCAUCAAAGGAUUCUCUGCGGAAGCUCCAGACGCUGCCAUUCAGAGUCUUUCUACACAGUCCACCAAGUAUAAACCAACUAUUGAAGGAGAUCAGGUGGUCUCGACCUAUGGUGAUAAAGAUUGCAAAAGCAGUUAAAUAUCAGCUGCCCUGAGGCAGCCAUCGCCUUCUGAAUGAUUGGGAACCCCAAGCUGCUUAUGAUUAAUGAUUUCUGGAACGCUUCUCACCGAUUCUGCCCUUGGAACAUAUGGAUAAUGAAUUGAUCCUAUCUGCUCUCAUUCUUCCUUGAGACAAGCAGUAUUCUAACAUUGGCGAUUCAUGAUGAUUUAUUUCCCAUCUGUAUCGUUUUGUAUCGUACUCAUGAAAGAAAGGAAAACACUUUGAGAGACAGAAAACAAAGAC